GAGUCCUGCGCCGCGACCCUGCGCACUCUGCGAACAUGGCGUUGCAAGCGGCCCGGGGCGUGCGGGCCGCAGCCUGCAGCCUGCGCGCGCUCUCGGCGCCCUGCGCUCUCUGCCCGCCCCGGCCCUGGGGGCCCAGGCCCGGCGACGUGCGGACGCUGCGCACGGGCCGCGCUCUGCUCUCGGUGCGUAAAUUCACAGACAAACAUGAAUGGGUAACAACAGAAAAUGGUAUUGGAACAGUGGGAAUCAGCAAUUUUGCACAGGAAGCUUUGGGAGAUGUUGUUUACUGUAGUCUUCCUGAAGUUGGGACAAAAUUGAACAAACUAGAUGAGUUUGGUGCUUUGGAAAGUGUGAAAGCUGCUAGUGAACUCUAUUCUCCUUUAUCAGGAGAAGUAACAGAAAUUAAUGAAGCUCUUACAGAAAAUCCAGGACUUGUUAACAAAUCUUGUUAUGAAGAUGGUUGGCUGAUCAAGAUGACACUGAGUAAUCCUUCAGAACUUGAUGAACUAAUGAGUGAAGAAGCAUAUGAGAAAUACAUAAAAUCUAUUGAGGAGUGAAAACAGAACCCCUAAAUAAACUAAUAUGAAACCACGAACCCCAGCAUAGUUGUCUUAAAUUAGUGAUGGAUAGAACAAUUAAAAUAGCUUUUAGCAAUAUCCGUGGAAAACAGAACUUCUCGUUGCAACUAUGCUAUUGGAAGAAAGUACCCUUUAACUCUCUAAUGACACAGAUAAACACAAUAUACGUCUUCACAACACCCUGUUUUAAGUUAGAAUCUAGUUAUAAUAUUCAACAUUCAUGAAAUUAUCUGUGAUAAGAAUAGUUAUAAAAAUUACAUAGUUUAAGGGUAACAUUGUUAUCGUAAACCUUUUAUAAUACUGUAACUACUGCUGACAUCCAUACUGUAAUCUGGGUCAAGAUACCUAAUGAUCUUUCCACUGGAAAUGAUUGGGAGUGGAAAUAAGUUGUUGGUUGCACAGUGUCACAUGAAGAGCAAUACUAUCUUAAUUUUGCAAUAUACUGCCUUUGCUGGUGCUAUUUUUAUACAAUGAAGCAACAGCCUUGUAGCAAAAUAAACAAUUUAAUAAUAAAACAUUCAAUUUCUUCAUUAAUCAUGUUUUUUGUUUUGAUGUUAAUAUUUCAUUUAGUGAUUCUGUUACUGUUUGUGGAAAUGCUAAUUUUGACUUAAAGCAGAGUUCCUUUUUAAAAGCAAAUGUAAGCUAUAUCAAUGAAAAGUUCUAAGAAAGUAUUUCCUUUUAGUCACAAACCUGGCCCUUAAGCAAAACUCUACUUGCCUGGUGGCUUUAAGUACUUGGUUUUCUCAUCUUUCAAAAAUAAAUCACUAACUUUGUUAUUCUAUCAUGCUAGGCUAAAAGAGGAAAAACAAGGAAAGGUAGAAGUUUUGAUCAGCAUAGCACAUGGCAGUCUUAAGUUAAACCAUAGUUCAGGUUUUCACUUAAGUACUAGGAACAGAAAUGGACAUAAAGUGAAACUUUACGAGCUCAGACACUGACUUGGAAAAUGAAUACUGUUUGCAGCUUAAAAGAGUGCCAAAUAUGGCAUUUUCAAGUGGCUAAUACAGCACUAAAGGAGCUCUGGUGGCAUAAUGGUUAAAACGCUAGCUGUUAACUGAAAGGUUGGUGGUUAACUGAAAGGUUGGUGGUUUGAACCCACCAGCUGCUUCACGGGAGAAAAGACCUGCCAAUUUGUUCCCAUGAAGACUUCAGCCUAGGAAACCCUGUGAGGCAGUUCUACUCUGUCCUGUAGGGUCACUGUGAGUCAGAAUCAACUCAGUGGCACACAGCAAUACAGCACUAAGGUCCGUGGGUGCUGCAGUUUGUGCUCAUCUACUAACAAAAAUGGGCGGUUCAAACCUACCCAGUGGCACCACAGAAGAAAGAUUCCCUAAAGAUUACAGCCAAGAAAACCUUACGGAGCAGUUCUGCUCUGUAACACAAGGGGUCGCCAUGAGUCAGAACUGAGGACAGAGGGUUCGGUUUUAAUAGAGCACUGGUGCUUCAGUGGCAGAAUUCUUGUCUGCCAUGUGGGAGGCCCUGGUUGGAUUUCCACCAACGCACCUCAAGCACAGCCACCACCCGUAGCAGAUUGUGUGCUGCUGUGAUGCUGAACAGGCUUCAGCGGAGCUCCAGACUAAGACAGACUAGAAAGAAAGGUUUGGUGAUCUACUUCUGAAAAAUCAGUGAAAACCCAAUGGAUCACAAUAGUCAGAUGCCAUUGUGCAUAGGGUCACCAUGAGGGGUCAACUCAAUGGCAGCUAACAACAGCAACAAUAUAGCACUACCAACGAUCACAAAGACAGAGCAGGCCUGGACAUUUCAUUCUGUUAUGCAUCAGGUAGCCACCAAAAGUUGGAGCCAACUCAACAGCAGCUAACAGCAAAAAAUAUGGCACACCCUAAUUAAGCCAGCUGUGGUAUGCCGAUGCCCUUCCCAAAGACACACUUAGCCUUUAACACCCACUCUUUUAUGAGGUUUUUGAAAGGGCAGAACAUUAUAGCAACUUUUUCAGUACUGGAUUAUACAGCCAAUUCCACCCUCAUUUCUAUACUAGUGUUGCUAAAGAAAUAGGCUUUGAAGGUCCUUCCAAAUUGACUAAGUCAACAGGGAAUGUAGUUUCUUUCACCUCAUUACUUUUGAAUAGUUUUGGCUGUACAGUGCAACUUAAUAAAGGUCUUAUUGAAUUCUAAUAACUGAACCUUAAGAAAUGGAAUAGGUUACCCUGAAGGUGUUAAGAAAUCUUUUAUUUCAUCUCCCCGGGAGUUUAAAGUUGAUACCAUUAGGCAUGCUGGUAUUCCAACUCUUAUGCAAAUCAGGACUCCCAAAUUAGAUGGAAUCUUGGAGACUAGUACAACUGUCUCGUUAAAAGAGGAAAAGUGAAACCCGAGGAGAUAGAGUGAUGUGCUUAACUCUCCACAUUAAGGCUAGCGGCUUGGGAUAGAGGUGAAGAGAAAAGGUAAGUUGUAAACCAGAAUGCCCUGAGUUAUCCCUAUUUGUUGUCCCGUUUCACUUUUGCUGUUUGCCUUUAUUUAUAAGAAACAGUUAAAAAUUCAUAUUUGGUAAAUGUGUUCACAAAUUAGAGUUUAGUCUUGCAGAUUAUAAUAAAUCAUUUCUAGAUCUUUUUAUUUAAACAUACAUUUAAAUAUAUAUAUCCUUGUGUUAUUUUUUAAUGAAGUCCUCCAGUUUUUAAUCUUUAGUAAUUUGAUUUGUAUGAGUGAUAGAAGUUAUCUGUAAAUAGCAAAUCAAGUACAUUUGACAAUGUCAAAGGCAACCACGUUAAACCCGAUUCUCAUCUCCGAUCACCCCCAGUGAAUUCAUUACCUGUGUACCUGGUUUUAAG